AUGGGAAACCAAAACUGCCACGCCGAGAUUACCUUCGAUGAUAAAGUCAAGUGGCUCGCACGUUUUCGCCUCGCCAGAACUUCAUCACCACCACGGGAAGUCCGUGAUUGGAUACUUCGAAGCGAAGCUGCCACCAUGACGUACCUUCAGCAGUACACUUGCAUUCCCACGCCCAAAAUUUUUGACUGGGCAUGCGAAUCUGAUCCAGAAAAUCCUCUUGGGAUUGACUACAUUCUGAUGGAAAAGCUGGAAGGCAAGCCUCUGAAUUGGCAGACGACGACUCCUCACCAGAAAGAGAAGGUCAUGCAGCAGUUAGUUGAUAUUUCUCUUGAGAUUGAUAGGAAUCCUUUCAAAGCAAUGGGAUCACUUGUUUCCUCGACGGGACAUGGUAUUAGCCUUCAAGGUCUCGCACACCAAUCGACAUUCAGGGUAGGAAAGGGGCCACUCGGUCCAUUCUCUUCCUCGCUUGAGGGCUCUCAGGCUAUCCUCGAGUCCUACCUCACAAUGAUAGCUAGCGGCGAGAUUGACCCUUGCUAUCCGGUAGACACCUACCUGGUUCAUCGAUUUCGCCAGGACGUUGUUAACGCUCUUUUCAAAGACGUACCAUUAGGCGACCAAUUUUUUCUCAAGCACCCGGACGAUAAGGGUGACCAUAUUUUGGUCAAUGACUGUUUCGAUAUCGUGGGUAUCAUAGAUUGGGAAUGGACGCAAACUGUCUCCAAGGCGGAGGCAUUCUGUUCCCCGUGUAUGAUGUGGCCGGUAGCUGAGUUCUACAAUGGCUUUAAUGAGCUAGCCGCGGAUGAAUUGCGGCUGGCUGCCAUUUUUCGCGAAAGGGGCCGCGAAGAUCUUGCCGUAUGUGUCGACGAGGGCAGAAGGGUUCAAAGAUUUUUCUUUGCUCUUGGGCCUGAAAGCUCUUUUUUAGAUAUGCAGGCACUUCCACAUAUUUUCGCAGGACUCCAGCGGGCCUUCAACUUUGAAGACGAGGAAUGGGAUGAAUGGAAGAUCAAGGCUCUCAAGAGAUGGAAAGAUGAUGACUUACUCCUUGGCUUGUUGGAACUAGAAUAA